AUGCCUAUCGCACAAAACAAAAGGCAGCUGAAAAAGUCGAAAAUAAAAAACACGCGGCUCUCCAGGUGUAUGCGGGUCAGCAAAAUUAAACAGAUAAUUCCAUGGUCUUCACCAAGUCAUCAGUUUAAAGGUAUAGUUCGUACGAAAAGGGUGAAAAAAAUUAUGGAUUUCGACGAGACGCUUAUAUGGAACAACUUUAGUAUCUCUGGGACAGCUGAAAAGAGAUGUUUUAAGCCGCUAAGAGAAAAAAACAAUGGUAAGAAGAGUCACGGUCACGUGUCCGCGUCAAUAAGGGACAAACCUCCUCAAGUGGUGGCCAAAAGAAAUGCCAGAGAAAGGCGCAGAGUGCAAGCGGUGAAUUCGGCUUUUGUUAAGCUGAGAAAAGCUAUACCUAUACAAAACGCUAGAAGUAAAAGGAUAAGUAAAGUAAAAACAUUACAAAACGCCAUAAGAUAUAUUCGAGCUUUGGAAGAAAUUCUUCAAAAUAACUCAAAUGGACCGGAUUAUUAUGGUUUUGAUGACAAUAUUUCAGUUAUUAACAAUUACGAAGAUUUUUCAAACAAUUCGUUCUGCUACGAUAACAAUCUAACUUCGAGAACCAUAGAAAGUUAA